AUGGGCUGCUCUGGAGGUUCUGGGGGCUGCGUGUCUGGCUGUGGAGGCUGCGGUGGAGGCUGUGGAUCUGGGUGCUGCAUGCCCGUGCGCUGCACGACCUGCUGUGUGCCAGCGUGCUGCAGCUCCGGUUGCGACAAAGGAGGCUGUGGUUCGUGCGGAGGCUGUGGGUCCUGUGGAGGCUGCGGAUCAUGCGGAGGCACUAAAGGAGGCUGUGGAUCUUGUGGUGGCAGUAAAGGAGGCUGCGGAUCCUGUGGAGGCACUAAAGGAGGUUGUGGCUCAUGUGGAGGUGCUAAAGGAGGCUGCGGUUCAUGUGGAGGCGGCAAAGGAGGCUGUGGCUCUUGUGGAGGUGGUAAAGGAGACUGUGGAUCCUGUGGAGGCUGUGGUUCGUGCGGAGGUGGCAAAGGAGGCUGUGGCUCCUGCUGCCAGUCUAGCUGCUGUGUGCCCUGCUGUGCGCCCUCCUGCUGCCCAACCAGCUGCUGUGUACCCUGCUGUGCCCAGGCCAGUUGCUAUAAGCCCCCCUGCUGCCAGUCUGGCUGCUGUGUGCCCUGCUGUGCACCCCCCUGCUGCCCAACCAGCUGCUGCGUGCCCUGCUGUGCCCAGGCCAGCUGUUGUAAGCCCCCCUGCUGCCAGUCCGGCUGCUGUGUGCCCUGCUGUAAGCCCCCCUGCUGUGCCCAGGCCAGCUGCGCUCACCCACUUUGCUGCCAGUGUAAGAUCUAA